AUGAAGAUUCCUACUAUUGCUGCUGUCUUGGGCCUUGCUGCUGUUGCUUCUGCUGAAGUCUUCCUUCACGAAACUUUCUCUGACGGUGAAGGAUGGAAAGACCGCUGGACUCCUUCUACUUAUCGCGAAGACCUUGGUCAACUUGAAGUGUCUUCUGGUAAAUGGUUUGUAAAUGAAGCUGCUCAAGCUGGCCUUAGAACUUCUGAAGACUACCGUUUCUAUGCUGCUUCUACUAAGCUUACCAAGCCUUUCCAUAGCAAGGGCAAGGACCUUGUCAUCCAAUUCGAUGUCAAGAAUGAACAAGACAUUGACUGUGGUGGUAGCUAUCUUAAGAUCUUUGAUAACCAACUGGAUCAAAAGACAUUCAAUGGUGAUAGUCAAUACAAUAUCAUGUUUGGCCCUGAUAUCUGUGGUCCUAAAGCCAUGGUUCAUGCUAUCUUUAACUACAACGGUACCAACCACGACUUGAAAAAGACGGUCUCUGCUCCCAAAGACACCUUAACACACACUUACACCCUCACUGUCAAGCCUGACCAAACCUACUCCAUCAUGGUCGACGGUAAGGAAGAAGCCUCUGGCGAUCUUUUAGAAGAUUGGGACUUUUUGCCACCCAAAAAGAUCCAAGACCCUAAUGCCAGCAAGCCUGCUGAUUGGGUAGACGAGGAAAUGAUUGACGAUGUGAACGAUGUCAAGCCUGAAGGUUACGACGACAUUCCUGAAUUUAUUCCUGACAAGGACGCCAAGAAGCCUGAAGACUGGGAUGACGAUAUGGACGGUGAAUGGGAACCCCCAUCCAUUGCUAACCCUGAAUACAAUGGUCCUUGGACUCCCAAGAAAGUCAAGAACCCUCUUUACAAGGGCGAAUGGGUGCAUCCUGAAAUUGAUAACCCUGAUUACAAGGUGGAUCAUGAGAUUUAUGCUUAUGAUUUUGGUCAUGUUGGUAUUGAUGUUUGGCAAGUCAAGUCUGGUACUAUCUUUGAUAACAUCUUGAUCACAGACGACAUUGAAGAAGCCAAGAAGGUGCGUGAAGAAUCCAAGGCUGCUCGUGCUGAUGAAGACAAGGCUUUGGCUGACUACAAGGAAAAGUUGGCUGCUGAAGCUAAGGCUAAGAAAGAAGCUGAAGGUGUUCUUGAAGAAGAAGAAGGUGAAAAGCUCAACUUGAAUGUGGACGAUCUUCUUGCUGAAGAAGCCCAAAAUGCCAAGGAAGAAGAAAUUGUUGAAGCCAUCAAGGAAGACGAAGAUGUCAAGAAGCCUGUCAAGGAUGAAUUGUAA